AUGAAAAAUAAUCCAAGUUCUCUUCUUGACGUCCCCGAACUUCCUAUGAAAAAAAUUCUCUCAGGCAUUAAUUAUACAGAUCAAAAACAUCUUCGUCGCACAUGUAAAGUAGUUCAACCGUUUCUCGAUGAACAAGUAAACGUUCAUGAAACGAUUGGGCUACACUUGAUUCUCGAUGAUGUUAAGAGAUGUUUUAAAAAAGCGGAAGCCAACGGAGAAAGGGAACCAAAGAAAAGAAAAUUGGAGUCAGAUGAACACUACCCUUGGAUUGACGAAGCAGUGGAACUUUUUCAGAAAUUGAUCAACAAGCCGGAUUUAAAAGUUAAAAUGGUUUACAUCACACACGAGGUGUCAGGAAAAGAGCCAACAGAGGAUCAAAGGAAAUACUUCUAUCAAAGAAUUCAAGAUGUUUUCCAAGGAAUGAAGACAAAACUUAAUGCGGAACGUGUCGAGCUGUAUGUGGAAAGUCCAGAUUUUCUCCUCUCUAUUCUGACAAAGUUCCAAGAAGGAACUUUGACAGAUUUAGUUUUUAGUCAAUACCCAAAGUUAAUGCCAGUCUUUGAUAUGAAAGACAUUGUGGUUCUUCCUCAAUGGUCUGGGUUGCGAUAUUUACAUACGGGUGCUAAACUUCGUGCUCGUGUAGCUGACUUCAAACAUAUCCCUUCUGUAAUCGCUGGCCUCGAAGAUAUCACUAUAAAUGAAAUCAAAGAUGUGAGAAGCCACAUAUUCAACGGCCAAAAUGUUAGGAUGCUUUCACUUACUGUUGAUAUCAACAAAGAAGAAGUGGAAGAAGCGAUGCAGCCAUUUACGUUGAACAACACGAUUUCAUCGGCUCACAGAAUCAUAUUGUCAAUCUUCCCGACUGUAACACUGGAAGAGGUGCAAGCAUUCCAUGCGAAUGAACAUCAAUCUGUGGAGACAAAAACAAAUCCGAAUUCUCUUCUUGACGUCCCCGAAUUUCCCAUGAAACAGAUUCUCUCAGGCAUUAAUUACAGAGAUCAAAAACAUCUUCGUCGCACAUGUAAAGUAGUUCAACCGUUUCUUGAUGAAAAAGUAAACGUUAAUGAAACGAUUGGGCUGCAUUUAAUACUCGAUGAUGUUAAUAGAUGUUUUAAAAAAGCAAGAGCCAACGGAAAAAUAGAAACACCUAGAGCGAAGAAAAGAAAAUUGGAGUCGGAUGAACACUACCCUUGGAUUGACGAAGCAGUGGAACUUUUUCAAAAAUCAAUCAACAAGCCCGAUUUUAAAGUUAAAAUGGUCUACAUCACACACGAGGUGUCAAAAGAAAAGCCAACAGACGAGAAAAAGAAAUACUUCUAUCAAAGAAUUCAAGAGGUUUUCCAAGGAAUGAAGACAAAACUUAAUGCGGAACGUGUCGAGCUGUAUGUGGAAAGUUCAGAUAUUCUCCUCUCUAUUCUGACAAAGCUCCAAGAAGGAACUUUGACAGAAUUAGUUUUUAGUCAAUACCCAGAGUUAAUGCCAGUCUUUGAUAUGAAAGACAUUGUGAUUCUUUCUCAGUGGUCUGGAUUGGGAUAUUUACAUACGCAUGCUAAACUUCGUGCUCGUGUAGCUGAUUUCCAACAUAUCACUUCUGUGACCGCUGGUCUUGAAGAUAUAACUUUGAAUGAGAUCAAAGAUUUGAGAAAUGUAAGUUAA